CCACCCCCGCAAUUUCUUCGUCCUCUUCUCCCCUGUUCAGUGGAACUCGGCAGAGAAAUGGAGGAAUAUGCGUGGCGGCAGUUACAUUUAUACCCGCCAGAAUCCGAUUUCCACUCAGUGCCAGUAAUGCGAUUCACAGGUGGUAAAUUUCUUCGGUUCGUAUAUGGAGAGUCAAGCUUUCUGGCCUUCUGGGGAGGGCAAGGGGUUGGUCUGACACCGGUGGUGCGGCCUCCUCAGCAGUCGUUGCCGUCGCAACAAGCGUGUAAUCGGAUUUCAUCUGGUUACAUCGCAUUAACGCAAAGGAGGUUCGCCAAGGCUUCUACACAGACGUGAACACCUGGAGACCAUACCACCGCCUUCCUAAGAUGGCUGAUACUGCAAAGUAUGCUCCCGUUCCCAUUAGUGCUGGAAAUUUACAUUCAGAACUGAAACCCCAUUUCUUUCUAUUCAAAACCCAGAGAACCAAGGUUUGUCUGCACGGGUGUGUCUUUGUUUUUGUUGCUUUCACCAUUUUCUUAGCCUUUAGUCCUUCACCAGCCUCCUCAUCUCCUUGGUUCACAAAUGUAUUUCCUUUAACUAGCAGCGGCAGUAGAAGCAAUGUUAUUGGGAGUGUAUCUAUGCCUACAUCAUCUUCUUCGAUUCUCUCUGAUGAGGCAUAUAGAUCUCAUUUCUCUUCAAGUUUUUCUUACUUUUUCCCAAAUUAUUCUCAGCAAGCUCAAAACUUUACUGCUGCUCCCCCUUAUAAUGCCCCAACAUCUCAGAGUAACAGUUCCUCUGAAAUGAUCAGUUUGAGUAAAGAGCCAGAAGUCACAAAAAAUAAGACUCAAGCUAAUGGUGAAGUUGAAAUCUUGAAGCCAUCAAACCAGACCACAACUGUGAAUGCAACAGCUGCAUCAGAGUCUUCUUCUGGGUUGCGUAAGGAGCCAUCAACAGGAAGUAAUCAGAAUCAGAGUAAAGUUUCUGGUGAUAAAGUUGGAAUCUUGAACUCAAAUUUGAGGACAAAAAGUCUACAGGGAAUCAGACUCUGGGUUCACUUCCAAAAUCUGGUUCUGGGGAGAAGAAUUGAGAAGAAGCACAACAAUGUAUCAAGUUCCAGCAUGUCAGUGACACAUGGAAGUGAUGAUUUCAUUAAAUCUUUGUUGAAUUGUGAUUUCUUUGAUGGGAAAUGGGUGAAGGAUGAGUCUUACCCUCUGUACAAGCCCGGCUCUUGCUCAGUCGUUGAUGAGCAAUUUGACUGCUUUCUCAAUGGAAGGCGUGAUAGUGAUUAUUAUAAAUACAGAUGGAAACCCAAUGCUUGUACCAUCCCAAGAUUGAAUGCCACUCAUAUGCUGGAAAUGUUGAGAGGGAAGAGAUUAGUAUUUGUUGGUGAUUCUCUGAAUAGGAAUAUGUGGGAAUCUCUUGUCUGCAUUCUCAGAAACUCAGUAAAAGAUCAGAAGAAAGUUUAUGAAAAAUCUGGUAGACAACAAUUUCGCAUAGAAACUUACUACUCAUUUGUAUUUGAAGAAUAUAACUGUACAGUGGAGUUCUGUGUAUCUCCUUUCUUGGUUCAAGAAUGGGAGGUAACCGAUAAAGAGGGACAGAAGAAGGAAACACUCCGACUUGAUUUAGUCGAAAAUUCUGCCAAUAAAUAUAAAGAUGCAGACAUCUUAAUUUUCAACACAGGCCACUGGUGGACUCACGAGAAGACUUUCAAAGGGGAGGAUUAUUAUCAAGAAGGCAACCACGUGUACCCUGAACUGGAUGUUCUUGAGGCUUUUCAGAAAGCUUUGAUGACAUGGGGAAGAUGGAUUGAUGCCCAUAUAAAUCCUGCAAAACAGUUUAUUGCCUUCAGAGGUUAUUCCGCAUCUCAUUUCCUUGGUGGUCAGUGGAACUCUGGCGGGGCGUGUGACCGCGAAGUGGAGCCUAUAAAGAAUGGGACUAACCUAAAACCAUAUCUACCCAUGAUGGAAGUGUUGGAUAGAGUAUUGAAAGGUAUAAAGACUCCAGUUUCUUACCUUAACAUCACAAGAAUGACUGAUUUCCGAAAGGAUGCCCACCCAUCAAUGUAUCGGACCCGAAAUAUGACCAAUGAGGAGCGGCAAACUUGGUUUAUUCACCAAGACUGCAGCCAUUGGUGCCUGCCCGGCGUCGCAGACAACUGGAAUGAGCUCCUGUAUGCACAGCUACUUGUGAACCAAUACCAGAAGCAACAAGAACAACAAAGCAGCAGCAGAAGAUCAUAGGUAAAAUGACACAAGCCAGGCCUGAGGUUUUUUAUUGGGGCUCAUUGUUCUUUGUCUUUUAAUUUCUCAGUUUUCAUUCUUUAAUUUUUCUUUUCUUGUUUAAAAAACUUGGGCAUGUCUCGAGUUUUUCUGGAAAACUGGAGAAUGGGAGAACAAAAAAUAGAAAACAUGUUUACUAGCACAGUUUUCCAUUUCUUAAAACAAGAAACAAUUUUGGAAAACAUUUAAAAAUUGUUUUAUAAAUGGAAAACAGAAUCAUCCAUCAUUUA